UUCCAUUACGCAGUCCUGCAAUUGACACUACCAUAACCGCUGGAACAUCAAUUGUCAGUAGAUCUGCAGCAGCUGUUGGUAUUGCUGGUGUUGCCGUUUCUGAUGAUGUUCUUAGACUCAGUGGAGUGGGUGCAAUUAAUGCUAUUCGUGGUUUAUCUAUUUCUUUCAUUGUUGUCGGUGUAGCUCUGACAGCGGCUAUGUGUGCCUGGUCAGCGGUAUCUAAUGGCAAACAAAUGUAUAAUUAUUUAAAUCGGCUAUGUGACGAUAUUAUACUUAUUAGUGGACCCCUAGCAUUGAAAAUUUUGAACGGUAACGAUGACAUACGUGAAAGCUUUCUAAUUGUAAAUGAAUAA